UUCCUUUAUUUCGGAAGCAGGGAUCCUUUCUUAGUUUAUUCCGGGAGUUUUUGUAAUUCCGUUAGAAUGGAGAUCGACUCCGAGUCCCGCACCGACAGCACCAGCACCAUUGUCGACAGAACCAGAAAGAGCUCAAAUAUAGAGAGUUUAGGCUUGUCACAUUCCAAGUUGGAUUAUGAUGGGAACUUUAUUCGCUCUGCUUCUGGCGUGUUUAUGACUGGAGAAAUCGUGUUUGGGCUUCUGGUGUGGACCCUGAUUGGUGGGACGGAGUACCUCCAUAUUCCUGCACUGGGAUGGGUAAUGUUUGUGUCAGUGUUUUAUUGGGUGCUUACUGUCAUUCUCUUCCUCAUAUACCUGACUAUGGCCCACACCAGGAUUCCCAAGAUCCCAUGGAAAAUUGUGGGAGUAUGCUUUAAUGGCAGCGCCUCUGUAUUGUACCUGACAGCAGCUGUGUUUUGUGCCAUAUCUUUGAAUGAGGCCAUUAGGGGGCGCUACUACUUCAUCAGCUGGGUGGCAUCAACGAUAUUUGCCUCACUCGCUAUGGUGUCUUAUGCAGGAAAUACAGUUGUGAAUUUCAAAUCCUGGAGAUCAAAAAGUGAAGAGACAUAGGCAAAUGUUUUUAGUUUGUUUGUUUGCUUGUGUUUUUUUGUUUGUUUGUUUGUUUUUUAUUAUCCCUGGGGGAUCAUUUCUGCAAAUUGAAAGAAUCACAUAAAACAAGAAUUUUGCUGGGGUAAAAAUGCAAAAAAAAAAAAAAUAUGCUAGAAGUAUAUGUAGCAUCAUUCCUAUAAGAAAAACUUGAACUGUACACUACAUAAGAUUUCUCAUUUUAUUUUUCAUAAAAAAUUAAUUAUUGAGACAGAACAUAACAAUCUUUUUUUAAACUCAUGCUUUAUCACUAUGGUAAGCCUACUAUAAUGAUUUAUAUUCAGAGCGGUUAGAUUCAGUUUGAUGGGAAGUUUUAGGAUUUUACCAUUUAUCCUUGCUUGUUUGGGGUCACGUCAUCUACAGUGAUAUUGACUUGAUUGCAAAUAAAUGCACAGACACUAUUUAAACUGAACAGAGAUGGCAUCAGUGAAUUCAAUGAUGAAUU